AAGCGGCCAGAAAGACGAUUUUCAAUUUAUUCAUUUUAUUGAUAACGUUAUGACUGAGCUGUUCAACAUUUGCACGUUCUUUUUGAUCGAAUUUUAUUACUCCUGAAUCGAAUAUUUUAUUCAAUUAUGAGCAUCCAUGAAAUGAUAGCUCCAGCUUCAAACAAUGACCCUCUAUGGAACCUACUCGUAAUUGUUGAAGACCUAGUCAGCUCGAUAGCAAAAUUUGGCUUAGUUUUUACAGUGGGUUUUAUAGGCUUCCACCUUACAGUACGCAUAAUUCGGUCACUCAUUUCCAAAUUGUACAAAAUGUACAAGAGAAGAAAACCAGAGGAUCCGGAAGUAAUACGGGAAAGCAUUAGGCAGCACUUCAAAAAUAUUAUGGAGACAUAUCCGUUAGAACAAGUCGAACAAUUUGUGGAUGUGGUAGAGGAGAUGGCAGAACUACCAGAAGAAUUACAAUACGAUCAUUACAAACGAGGAGUCGAAAGAAUUUUUGGUAUACAGAUGGGACAUUGAUCGCGCAGUAGAAAUCGAGGUUUUAAUAAGUACACCUCAUCGAUCUACCAGAUAGCUAUGUUUCGAAUAUUACGCGAGUUUUCUCAAAUCGAAAAAUUACUAAAUCCGAAUUUUGUGAUGAUACUAGCUUGUAUUUCUAUUCAGGUUAAUUUCUCGUUUUACUUUCUGCAUCAAUUUUGUUUGUAGUAAAUUUUUUUGGAAAAAUCGU